AUGGAAAACCUACAUCCAGCCUAAGAAAUAAUUUUCAAUAUAGUUUCACAGAUUCAAAACCACCAUGAUUUUAUCAAUUACAUGAACUCAAACUCUUAAAAAACUAAAUAAGGCUAGUGGAUUUAGUAGUACUUUAAAAAUGAACCCAAUUUACCAAUUACUCACAAUACAAUUAGGGUGGUUGAAUUAUAAAAUGAAUACAUCCCCAUUAAAUAACAUUUUCAUCAUAUUUUAGUUCAUAAAUAGAAUGUUCCUAAUUUAUGUGGAUACCAUGCAACCUUUAAUUUGAUUCAAUGUGUUUAAAGUAUUAAAUAUAGAAUCCCCCCUCUAAUUUAUGAUAUAGCAGCAUUUUGGACCUAUGUUAGAAGAACUUAAGAUUUCUUGAGAUAAUACCGAAGCAAAUACUAAUUAGAUUCAACUACUUGGCCAUGGAGAGAUUCUGACAUUGAAAGUGGAGAUUUUGAAAGAAGUUAUUUGAAAAGUUGUUUACAUGCUAAACCCCUUUUUAAAACAACAUUUUAAAAUGAAAUAGUACAAGAUGUCAAAUACUUAGUGACGAAUGACACUAUAUUCUUUUAAUACGGCAAUGUAAUCAAUGGAUAUAAUGAGAGAGUCGCCCUAUAAAAAAAAUUUGAUUAAUUUAAAGAAUUCAAGCCUUCAAAGAAUGAAGAAUUGAUCCAAACAUACAUGCUUGGAGUUACUAACCAUUGGAUUUCUUUUUUGGCAUAUAAGUGUGUACUAGGAACUUAAUUUAUUGUAAUGGAUUCGAGGAACAGAGAUUUCUUCUUGUGGAAUUCAUAGUAAAUUCGAGAUUUCCUCUAGUAAGAUUAAUUGGAGAGACCAAACAGAGGUUAAAAGCCUUUGAAUUAAUUUUAUUUGGAUCUUUACGAAUAAGGAAUGAAGGACUUAUAAUAAAUCAUAACACUGCUUAUCUCAUGGAUCACAGGUUAAACUAAAUUAGAAUCAUAUGUGAGCAAUCAAAAAAUCAGAGUGUUUUUGAAUCCUUUGAUAGAAUUGCUAGAAGUCUCAUAGGAAGAAUAUCUCAAUCUUAAAUUUACUAAUGAGAACGCAGCAAAUCUGUAUUAAAUUUUGGCUUUGUGGAGUGAUCAAUAUAGGAUUACAGUUAGUGAAUUUAUUGGCAAUGCAAUAGACAUAUCAUAGAUCAACAAGGCUCUGUUCUUGAAAUCAAUAGAAUUGGCUUAGAGUGCUCUUGAGUUUUAAACUAAGAAUGGGUUAUGGAAUUAACAGAAACAGUCUCCGUUGCAUUCCAUCAUAAAAUGCUUGAAAAUAAUUAACUAAUCUAUCUGA